AUGCUCCGCGGCGCGCGGCUAACAUGCUAUCUAAUCGUGAUACAAAUCGCAAGUUCACAGGACUUCUCAAAUUCCUACGACAUCAGAACCUUAAGCGAACUAUCAAUCGAUCAGUUAUUGAGUGUCAAAAACAAGUUUGAGUUACCAUCAGUGGACAUCCCAGAUGAAGACGAAUCAGAAGAUAUUGAAGAAAUGGAGUCACGUGGGAAUACCUCCUCGGGUCCAGUCGCUAUGGCGCUUAGAAGAAGAUCAAAACCACGAUCGAAAACCAGCACAUCCCUAAAUCGAGGCGGUUGGGAAGCAGAGGAAAAAGGAAAAAAAGGCAUUGGAUCAAUUUUCCAAAUGUCCAUCACCACAUUAGCCUUCCUAGCCUUCGGUGGAUAUCUCCUAUGUCUCGUCGUACAGAGUCUAAAGGACAAAGGCCACAGCAAGAAGAUUAUUGUCAUCCAACAAACAACAGCAGCUCCAGUGACGACGGCUGCCAGACGUCGCCGCCGUCGUCGAAGACCAGUGCGUAUCCGCCGUCCACAACGCCAGAAACGCACCGUGUACGAAAACCAAGGUGGGCUGAAUUUCGACGGGCCUACCGUGGACAUGACGCCGCAUGUCAACGCAGAGGCGAUGCUUGACGCUCUGGUUAGCCUGUCCGAGGCGUACACGCGCUACCACACCGUCGACUACCGCCGCAUCAAUCAGACAAUUAUACAUUUCUAAGUAAUUUACUCCGAACCGAAGCGAUCGCGAGCUAUUCGUGUCAUGUUACACUUUAACUCUCUGCGUGCACGCUCUCCCGCGCUCGGCGACAUGCAAAUGCUACGAGAACGAACAAUAUUGUGCCCGGAAUGCAACCAAGAUGUAGGUGGCUACACGAAGAACCAACAAGGGACGCAUUCAUGUAGUUAAUUAACUUAAUUUAGUUCUGAAACAUGUGGAAACAAAUUUUGGUGUGUGUAGAUGCUAGUUGAGGGCUCAAAAAUUAUUUAUAUUUAUAUUUAUGAUAUGCAUGUGAAUAACAGCUUGAUUAAUUGUUAAAUUACCUCGCAGAUUAAGAUAAUAAUAUUUAAUAUUUAUUGUAAUUUUAAAAAUAAAUGUUUUAAGUGA